GUGACUCCAGGCGCCUGUCCAAGAUGGCGGCGCCCAGGGCUGCUGUUGACAUGCUGCUGAAGGGUUGUGUGACUGGCCGUCAGCGACUCUUCUUUUCAUCAGUUGAUCAUAUCUACUUACACAGCCACUCAAGCGUCCAUCAAAGAAGAUAUCUCUUUUUCUAUAGACAAAGCAAUGCUGCUUAUAGCGUAGUCUGGCCAGCUAUAGUUUCUCCAGCUCAUCCAGUUCCUAAGCAUAUAAAGAAGCCAGACUAUGUGACGACAGGCAUUGUACCAGACUGGGGAGACUACAUAGAAAUUAAGAACGAGGAUCAGAUUCAAGGGCUUCGUCAGGCUUGUCAUCUGGCCCGUCACAUCCUGCUUCUGGCUGCAAAGAGUUUAAAGGUUGGCAUGACUACAGAAGAAAUAGACUGCCUGGUUCACCAUGAAAUAAUCAGCCACAAUGCCUAUCCAUCACCUCUGGGAUAUGGGAAAUUUCCAAAAUCUGUUUGUACCUCUGUAAACAAUGUGGUUUGUCAUGGGAUUCCUGACAGCCGCCCUCUCCAGGAUGGAGAUAUUAUCAACAUUGAUGUCACUGUGUAUUUCAACGGCUACCAUGGCGACACCUCCGAAACACUUUUAGUGGGCAAUGUGGAUGAGCCUGGUCAAAAGUUAGUGGAGGUUGCCAGGAAAUGUAGAGAUGAAGCAAUUGCAGCUUGCAGACCUGGGGCUCCUUUCUCUGUAAUUGGAAACACAAUCAGCCACAUCGCCCAUCAGAAUAAUUUUCGUGUCUGCCCCUAUUUUGUCGGUCAUGGGAUAGGAUCUUACUUUCAUGGGCAUCCUGAAGUUUGGCAUCAUGAAAACAGAAGUGAUUUGUUAAUGCAAGAAGGCAUGGCGUUCACAAUAGAACCCAUCAUCAUGGAAGGAACAUCUGAGUUCAAAAUCUUGAGGGACAAAUGGACGGCCGUCUCCUUGGACAAUAAAAGGUCAGCCCAGUUUGAGCAUACUCUUGUCAUUACACCCGGUGGUGCUGAAAUCUUGACCCACCUGCCCGAAGAGGAGGUUUGAGAUCCAUUUCCACCCAAAAGUGCACCUUCUGCUGAUCUCAAAACAAGGGGAGGAAAAUGACCUUGUGUGGGCGAAAUCUUAGUAACAGCUUUGAAGGACAUUUCUUAAUGGAUGGAGCCCACAUCUGAGGGGGAAGGCACCAUCUUUCUUCCUGGCAGUGACUCUACCUCAGGGGGGAAAAACUUGCAGGGGGGUCAUAUUCUUCAAUGAACUAAAUCACCUCAGAAUGGGUGGCACCCUUUUUGGCUCUUAAAGGACUGUGGGGUAUACAUAAACCCUCUUCCUCCAUUUUGUUAUACUUCACAAGGCAAAUUUUGUAUGUGCCUCCUAUUUCCCGCUCCCUCCCAUGAUGGGCAAGAAGAAAAUUCCCUAUAUUUGGAGGAGAGAGAGAGGUUAAAGUGAAAGCCGGGGUCUCAAAGCCCCUUUCCAGGCCAAAUAAAGCCAGGCCAACACCUUG